UAAAACCCCACCGAAGAAGAAGAAGAGUCAGCUGACUGGAUUGCGGUUGUGUUGUUGUUGAAGAAGUCACUGAACUGGAUGAUAAGAUACACUUCUUGAUAAUUUCGCCUAAAUUAAUCGAGUUGCUGCAAAGUAUUGCUCACUCCAACCAUGUUGCGGCCAAAAGCGUUGACGCAAGUUCUCAGCCAGGCAAAUACAAGCGGGGUACAAAGCACACUAUUGUUAAACAAUGAGGCUCUUUUGGCUUACUCUGGCUAUGGGGACACUGACGCUCGAGUGACCGCUGCAAUCGCAAGCAACAUCUGGGCGGCCUAUGACAAGAAUGGGCAUCAAGCUUUCAACGAAGACAAACUCAAAUUUAUUCUGAUGGAUUGCAUGGAAGGCAGGGUGGCCAUCACACGGGUAGCUAACCUACUCCUGUGCAUGUAUGCCAAAGAGACUGUGGGCUUUGGAAUGCUUAAAGCCAAGGCUGAAGCGCUGGUACUGUACCUGGAGGAACCUUUAACCCAAGUUGCUGCGUCAUAGGGGGGUGUCUGGCUGGAGUGUUGUCUUCAAUUUUGGCCCCCCUGAAAAUACAUGAACUCUUGUUGCAUAAGUGAAGGCUUCACCUGGUCUUCAUGAACCACCACAGUCUGUGUAUGAAUGGACUGAGUAUUUAUGUUCUGAGUACUAUAUUUAUACUCAAUAUGCUCUAACUUAAUGCUUGAGUUUUUAGUCAUUUGGCCUUUGGUGGCAUGCAGUUCAAAUGUCAACCAAAAGUCAAGCUCACACAUUGUGUGGGGCUGGCAAUGUAAAUCUUCAAUGAAUUUCGCUGCCUGUAAGAGUACUUCUUUCCCAACGGCUGAAAAUGCUGACACAUUAACUUUAAGGCAUUCACUGUUUACCCUUGUCAGAAUCGUACAUUUGUCUGUUGCUGCCAUGCAAUAAAAUGUAUCAUAUCCUUUUGUAA